CUCUCUCAAUUGGGUCCAAUUAUAUCACGCCGUCCCCCAUCUUCGAUGUGACACAAGGAAACCCAUGCCCGGUUCGGCUCGAUCGCAGUAGCGCCAGCAUCAACUCAGCAAACGUAAAUUCUACUCCUGGGAAUCUUUGAAAGAACAAGAUCCGAGAUGUGCGGAAUCUGGGCAAUGUUCGGCAGCGACGAGAGCCUGUCAACUCAGUGCGCCGACGCCGUGAAAAUAGCCCACCGAGGCCCAGACGCCUUCCGCUUUGAGAAUAUCAACGGGCACGCCAACUGCUGCUUUGGCUUCCAUCGGCUGGCCAUUUUGGAUCAGCUGCAUGGCAUGCAACCUUUGCACGUCAACAAACUGCCCUUUUUGUGGCUGUGCUACAAUGGCGAGAUUUACAACCACCUCACACUGAAGAAGCAAUUUGAGUUUGAGUGCCAGACACAAGUGGACGGCGAGGUUCUGCUGCACUUGUACGAGCGCUUCGGCAUUCAGAAGGCCGUGUCUCUCCUGGACGGCACCUUUGCUUUCGUUCUGUUGGACACGAGCCAGAGAAAAGUGUGCCUGGGAAGGGACACGUACGGCGUGCGCCCCUUGUUUCGACUUCUGACCGACGACGGAACGCUCGGAGUCAGCUCCGAGGCCAAAGGCCUUACGGAUGUGGUCCGCGCCACGGACACGGCUGCCAAAGUCAGCCCCUUUCUGCCGGGUCAUUUUGAAGUCUUUCAUUUGAGCCUCAACGGAAAGGUGACAUCGAUUGAGCUGGAGCAGUUCCACGAAUGCACCAAGGAGCCAGCUCACGCCAUCUAUGACACCGUGGGGAAACUGGCAGCAGGUUUUGACGACGACACGGUCAAGGACAACGUCAGAAGGUUGUUUGAGAACGCCGUACGGAAACGGCUCAUGGGCACCAGGAAGAUUGGUUGUCUUCUCUCGGGGGGUCUGGAUUCCAGUUUGGUUGCCGCUACCUUGGUGAAGCUGGCAAAACAAGUGGGACUCGAGUAUCCCAUUCAAACCUUUUCAAUUGGGUCGGAAGACAGCCCGGACAUCUUGGCGGCCCGUAAGGUCGCAGCUUACAUCGGCAGCGAACACCACGAGGUGAACUUCACUGCCGAAGAAGGCAUUCAGGUUGUAGAGCAAGUGAUUGUAAGCCUUGAGACCUAUGACAUCACCACUGUUCGAGCCUCUGUCGGAAUGUACUUGGUGUCUAAAUACAUUGGUGAGAAGACCGAUAGUGUGGUGAUCUUCUCUGGGGAAGGCUCCGAUGAGCUCACGCAAGGCUACAUUUACUUCCACAAGGCUCCCAGCGCCAAAGCAGGAGCGGAAGAGAGCGUCCGCCUGCUGAAAGAACUCUACCUGUUUGACAAUCUGCGAGCGGAUCGCACCACGUCUGCGCACGGUUUGGAGCUCCGAGUGCCUUUCCUGGACCACAGACUGACGGCGUAUUACCUAUCCCUGCCUGAGGAAAUGAGAAAUCCCAGGCACGGAAUGGAGAAGUACCUUCUGCGGGACUCCUUCAGAGGUGUGAAAUUGAUCCCCGAUGAGAUUCUGUGGAGGAGGAAAGAAGCCUUCAGUGAUGGUGUGAUGUCCGUUAAGAAGUCCUGGUAUAUCUUUCUUGAGGAAUGCCUUGAGUCUAUGGUGAGCGACGGCGAGAUGGCCAACGCUCCCAAGCUCUUCCCUCACAACACUCCCCGCACCAAAGAGGCCUUCUACUUCAGACAGGUUUUUGAAAAGCACUACCCCGGCCAUGCCGAGUUGCUCCCCCAUUUCUGGAUGCCCCGCUGGAUUGAUGCCAGUGACCCUUCAGCCCGCACACUGUCCAUCUACACCAGUAACGACUAAAUAAGUCAAGCAGAAAGGCAAACAGGAUUUGAAUGGACAUUUCAAUUCACCUUCCAAAAAUUCACAAAGGAAGAUCGUCUCAUGUUCCAAAUUCAUGUAUUAUCGGCAAAUGAAGACAUUGAUAUCACUGAGUGGAGCCAAAGCUUCAAACAGCCACUCAAUCACAUUGUGGAUCAAUUCUUUCGGACUGCGAUUCAUACUCUGUUCUUGAGUUUUGCAUUACUGCAACCAGCUAUGUGCUGCUGCUGCUGCUGCUGCUUAGUUAUUCAAGUUUGAAAUUGCUUUUGCUCAUUCAAAUCGUAUCUACAGCAGAACCUCCUAAGUCACUACAAUUGGC